UUUAGAAGGUAUUUUACUCCGAAUGCAGUUAGGCUUUUUUAAUGAAAUCGUGUAAUUUCUUGCAUUGAUUGUUGUUGUUUUUUAAUGUUUGUUUGUCUGUGGUGUCUGCAAUAGUGGCGAAUGAGUGUCCCCAUACAGGGAUUAAUAAAGUUUUCUAACUAACAUAAAGUUUUCUAACUAAUAUUAAUUUUAACUUUAAUAUUAUAAUGGACCAACAUGUAGCUGUCCCUGAUAUAUAUCCAAAUGAAUUGAUUUCGGAUCAAUCUGAAUCUACAAUUCAAAUCCUAAUAAAAACACAAAGAUCUUUCCCCAAAUAUACUUUCAUCAAAUAUUUCUUAAUGGUAGGCCUACUUUAUUAUUAUUAUUAUUAUUUUAGAAGAACAAAAUCUAAAGAACCUUUUUUCCAACCUGAAAAAGGUUCCAAAUAUUCUUUAUUUUAUAUUCAAAGAACUUUAUUUUUAAAAGUGUAUAUGUUGUCAAAUAGAGUGUUUUUUUAGUGCCUUGCGAACACUAUAACAGUGUUGGGCCUCAGACCUUGAUCAUUUCCUGACCCUGGACCUGUGUUUAACAUGGAGGCCAUGGGAUCGAAUUUAGCUCCACGGAAAUGAUGUUAGAUGAGAUAUGAAACGGUCCAAACUGACACUGAAUGCACAGCAGGUGUGUUUUAUCUUUCUGACCUGACAAACUGAAAGAGUCGUGGAAACACAUAAUCCACUUGAGAUCAGUGCGAUUAAUUUAAGGUCAGAUUUUAGUUUAAUCGUCGGUCACUUGGUUUCAGUGUCCUAUAUAAAUCUAUCCAGAUGAUCUGAACACACAGAGUCUCUUAAGACAGCCCGCUGAGCAACACACACACACCUGUCAAGAUGUUAGCCGUCCGAAACGACAUCCUCCUCCUCUUAUUCUGUUCAGUUGUGGUCGUUGCUCAAAGCUCCUUUCUUCCUCCAUGUGAGCCAAUCAACGAGACCGUCUCUGUGGAGAAAGAGGGCUGUCCGAAGUGCCUGGUGUUUCAGACCAGCAUCUGCAGCGGACACUGCCUAACUAAGGAGCCUGUAUACAAGAGCCCGUUCUCCAAUGUCUACCAACACGUGUGCACUUACCGGGACGUCCGCUACGAGACGGUGCGGCUGCCGGACUGCCCCCCCGGGGUGGACCCGCACAUCACCUACCCGGUGGCCCUCAGCUGCGACUGCAGUCUCUGCACCAUGGACACGUCCGACUGCACCAUCGAGAGCCUGCAGCCCGACUUCUGCAUGUCUCAGAGAGAGCACUUCCCUUCAUACUAGCCGAUG